AUGUGGUUCAAUUUAAACACACUAACAUUGGUUUCCUUGGGCUUCAUUUGUGCCCAGAAGGAAGUGCUGAACGGUGUUCUAAUGUCCUUAAGGCGGGAGCUGUCCUUUCAGACCCUACUCCUCCUCAAAGGCGCAGGACGCACCGAUGUCUGCUGGCAGCACUUCGACCUCGACCGAUACCCAUACCCAUGCCUGAACUUUGACUCUACGCAAAGUAUUUACCUCAAAGGAAGAGUCAGCAGGAGGAUACUAGCUCUGGUUUGCCUGGAUGCCGCUGAAGAGAUCGAGGGCGUAAUGAGAGCCUUGGGUGAAAACCUGAUGGAUAUGCGGGGCACUCCAGUUUUGCUUGUGCUCCGACUGGAAACCAACAUCAGCAGUCUGUUUCGGGGCUGUUUCGCCCUUCAGAUGCUCAAUGUCCUGGCUUUGAGUAGCUUGCAUCCGGAGUCUGUAUACAGCUACCGCGCCUUUCCUUUCCUCAAAGUGGUAAGGAGAAGAGUGGACCAAGUCGAUAGGUUCUUUGAGCCCCAAGUCAACGAUCUGCAGGGAUACCCAAUCGCCACAGUUCCCUACAAUCUGCUGCCCCGCUCUGUGAUCUACCGGGAUGAGGAGGGGCGUCGCCAGAUGACGGGCUACCUCACCCAUUUCUACAGGAACUUCGCCAGGAGCCUGAACGCCUCCUUGCGGGUGCGUUGGGAUCUGGUUCCCCAGGACGAGACCCCCCGUACCGAAGCCACUGCCGCGUUGCUUCGCGAUGGGCUGGUGGACUUUCCGCUGGUGCUGACCACACUCGCUCCGGAGCCCUUCUAUCCCAGCCAUGUGGGCGAGAUAACCAGCUGGUUCCUGAUGCUGCCCGUGGAACCAGCUGUGCCUCCCUCCAGUCUGUACCUCAGCCUCAGGGGCUGGCAGUACUUCUUGGGCCUGAUGAUCGUUUUGGCCCUUCUGUUGGUCAACGCCCAGCGCUUGGAGGCGGGCCAAGGACUCCUUACCCUGCGCUGCGGUAACAUCUUCGGGGAUGAGGUGCUGCGAGCCAUCCUGGCCCAGUCCUUCGUCAUGCCCAGCAGGCUAUCCUUCAGCAGGACUCUACUCUACAGCCUGCUGAUGAUGGCGGGGCUCAUAGUUAGCACUUUCUACAGUGCCAAUCUAGCAACGCUACUCGUUCAUCCUCCAGCUGCUUUCAGGAUACUCAGCUACGACGACCUUCGGAGCGCCCGUGGAAAAAUCCUUAUCUCACAGCAGGAGCUGCCCACCCUGAAUGAUUCCGUGGGGAAGGAGGUGCUGGAGAGAAACCUGGACACCUUUGAAGUGACCCCUUCCGUGGUGGACUUUCUGGCCCAUCGCCAUGAGCUGAACACCUCCUUCGCCUACCCGGUCACCAACACACUGUGGCCCCUUCUGCAGCUCAAGCAGAUCAGAAUGCACCGCCCGCUCUUCCGGAGGUCGCAUGAAAUAACCUUCACCCGGUUCAUGCCGGUCACUAUGCCGAUGGCCAGGAACUCCAUCUACCGCGACGUGUUCAACCGGUACCUGAGCCGCACCCUGGCCAGUGGGCUGUACGACCUGUGGUUCCGCAGAUCCUUCCAGGAAGUCAUCGCCGUGGGAAAACUGAACUACACCACGGAUCCCCCGCCUUCGCCCUACCACGAUCUGGUCUGGGCGGACCUGUACUACGUGUGGAUGGCCUACUUGGGAGGCACUGGGGUCAGCAUACUGGUGCUAACGCUGGAGCUGUCGUGCUCCAAGUGGGCUCCCUUGAACCGCGUGUUGGGUAGCUAA